UUUGAAAACGAUUUGAAGUGUGGACAAGCCAAAAUGAUGCGAAAACGCUACGAGUGGACACGCACGCUUUUGAAAACGGAGAAAAAAAGUUGCGUACGGAUACGUGUAAACAGAGCCUAAGAUGCCCAAGCCAUCAUUGUGCAGAAAUCGGUUACAGCUAUGGUGGAAAAUGCCAGCCGUAUCGUGAAAUGCGCUAGCAAGGUUAUUGCCUUGGUACACAUCCCUGUCGGAGUGUUGUUGUUUGUAUUUGGAAUCAUAGAACGUGUACACGUACAUCCCCGCUACUUUGAUUUUACAGGACAAAUGGGCAUUGGUAUCUGGUGUGGAGCUUGGGUAGGUAACAAUAUUAUUUGUUUUCAAAUUUUAAAUUCGGAGAAUUUAGGACCUAUUAACUUGCCUUCCUCUGCUUUUGAUGGAAGCUAGCUAAAAAGCAUAUUUUCGCCUUCUUCGGGGCGAGAAAUCAACAAGUACAAAAGUCACAAAACCCGUGUUUACCCGUGUGCGCUUGGUGAUCUGUUUGCAUUUAGUGGCUAAGUGUGCUAUUUGACAUGAUUGUAUUUUUGGUGGUAACGACUUACAGUUUUCCUUUAAUUUUUGUGUGCAAUUCAAGUGUAACAAGUAAAUAACUAUUGAACCAAGAAGGUGACGCAUAGGGUUCUUAACUUCCAGAUAUCAUCAGCUCCCGCAUGACCGGCUACAGAUCAUAAGUUUGAUCUCUUACGGGAUCGAAAAACGUUUAAUUGUAUUACCAUUUAUAUACUAAAUUCAACAGUGUUUAUGCAAAAGCAAGUGAAGCGAGCACACUUCAGUGUGACACGUUCGCGUUGUCGCUGUAGCAGCUGUAGGGUGCUUCCCAUCGCUGCGCCGAAUCGCAUGAAUCCUUAACUUUCUUUGUGAAAAGAUGACAGGAAAGUAAAGGUAGCUCCAACUAGAGUAAAAUCUCCUCAGUUUUGGUGGCGCUCAGGCACUCAACAACUCGGAGCAAACCACAAGACACGCAGUCAAAACAAACCUCUUGAGGCCUCGCCAGUUAGUCUGCUACAAGGCCGGUUUUAGUGUCGUCACACAACGCUUCUCCCCACAAACGGCUGCUGAGAACCGAACCACAUUCCUUUCCCGCGGUUAGCCAAUUAGAAUUCAGCUCCCAUUUUCUGGAAGGUGUUCGCGCCUUGUUUGCGGUACUGUGACUCCUCCAAUUGCAGCUUUGCUUUUAUCGGUGCCCCAUGUGUGAAUGACAGAACAAUCAAAACAAGCAAUAAACUCGAGCAAUGUUGUCACAGUCUAGUCCUCUUCAAACCCCAGGGGUAGAAGAGGAUGAGGUCAAGGAUAUUUUAGAGUGCUUAGAUAUGGGGUAGGGGAUAUUUAAAUAUAAUUAUCUUGCCUUCCUUCCCAUGAAAGAUAUAUACAGAUCAGAUAUAUAAUAGGGAUAGACGUUCCAAAAAAAGUCCUUCAUCCGAUUUAAUAUGGCACGGGACGAAGACUUCAUCGCUCGUUCGGUCGCUUUGCGGCUUAAAAAGCCCCCUCCGCUCGCUAAUAAACUCGUGAGGUCAACUUGCAGCAAGUCUUAUAUAGGGAGGGCAUGAUCGCAGGUUAAACAGAGACCAGAACUUUGCACACUUUUGAUUAAAUACUCAAGACUGAAGUACAGAUCAAAAGGCUGAUCCUUCUCACGGCUUUCUUUUCUAAAUCAUUCACAUGUGAUUAUUUGACAGACGUGCAUCACAGGUGUUCUGGGGAUUCUAGCAAAUAUAAAAGGGAGGUCCCGUCCUUGCCGCAAUGCCUUGGUGAGUCAAGAAGCACAAAUAGUAUGAUUAUAUCAGAGUAUACAUCCAGUUUAUUGGUAGUAGAGAAGAUGAACAAUUCAGUUAAUUGUCAUCCAUUUAGUGUUGAUAUGGGGUGAAUUUUUAAUCAGGUUUUCAGUGACUGUACUUGUCUGUUGAUCUAGGAAAAUCGUUCAGGGGCACCCAAUGACGAUUUCCUUCUAAAUACAUUGAAAACACUUUUUAGGCUAUCCAUGCAGAGUACUUUUAGAUCCAGCCAGAAAUUCGGUGCUUUAAAAUUUGUAACUGUCAGCAGGGGUUUCAUUAAGCAUCGGAGAUCGGAGGAAUUCUCCGUGUACUACGCAUAAUUCUCCGGCUAAAUGUCGAUGAAGUAUGGGUAUUUUUUAUUUAGACGAAUCAGACUUGGAUACGUUAUUUUCCAAAAAAAUAUUCCCAGAAAUGAGUAAUUUUCGCGUUUAGCCACUUGCUUUACAUUCCUAAAUAAAUAACAAAUACAUAAAAGACCUUCUUUAAAUGCUAGCAGUGUUCUCUGUAUUUCAAGUGACAGGUAUGAUCGAAUGAGGGCAAAAAUCAAAACCCAAAAAAAUCCCAAGUCGAAUUUCCGAACCGUAAAAAUUUCCAGCAAAACAAAACAAGUUUGGUUGUACUUUGUUCACAGAACUGCGCGGACGGGAUACGCGGUAUCUUUAAUACCACGAAUCUUUGAACACCCAAAAAAAUCCCUACUUAAAUCAGGCCACCCAAAAAAAUACUUGCCAAAUUUUCCUGCCCAAAAAAAUCCUGGAAUCGCAUUUCCUCUAACCAGGACAUACGACGUACUAAUGAACUUAUAGACUACCUUACUAAACGCGACCACGACAAAACCUUUCUCGUCGAACUGACGCACUCAAAAACAAACCUAAGACAGUCAUUACAUACGAUCCAGCAUUACCUAACAAUUCGCGCAGCAUUCACAAGCACUCCCUCUUUUUAAGAUCCUUCGAAGGAUCCUUCCGAGAUCUUAUAGGAUCCCAGCUAGGUUCUUUAAAAGAUCCUUGAAGACCUGAUUUAAAGAUCCUUAUUAAAGCAAUCCUAGUUAAAUCUUCAAGGAUCUUAAAGGAUCUUUACAAAGAUCUUUAUAAGGAUUUUUUAACAGAUCUUUGAAAGAUCCUCAUAACUUUCUCAACAAUCUUAAAAGGAUCGCUUGAAGAUCUUUAAAGAUCUUUGACGAUCCUCAGAGUUCCUGAAGGAUCCUGUGAGGAUUUUCAACAGGGUAGCGUACUUUACUCGUCCAAUUGUUGUAGAAAUGUCUUUAAAAACCUUCCGUUGGUAGCCUACCGGCGCUGUACAAAUAUUAGUGACAUCCUUGUUGCGCCCAGCUCACAGAAACUCACUACCAGGCUGCUGCCGCGGUUAUUUUGGUACCAUAGCAGGAAUUGUACCACCUGUCCCACAUUGAAAAAGGCCGAAAUCGAUACACUUCUCAUUCCACCGGUGAACCUACCGAGUGUUACAUUUCAUAUAACUUGUACUACGUUCAAUGUUAUCUACAUGAUUCAGUAUCUCUUUGUAAUCUACAAUACAUUGGGGAAACUAAACGUCGCCUCAAAUACCGCUUUAAUGAGCACAGGCGACCAGUACUUAAUGGUAGUUACAUCCAUACAGCAGUUUCUGAUCAUUUUGUUAGUAAUAACCAUUCUGACAACUAUAUGCUCUUCACCUCUUUUGAACAACUCAGGACUGAACUUGAUUCUAGCAGGAAGGCGCGCGAAGCGCAUUACAUCCAUAAAGGAAAGACCCUUGAGCCUCUGGGCGUUAAUAAGCGUGAUGAUUUGUAAUUCAACCUAUGCCACUGAUAUUAAUAUAUAAAGGAAAUAAAGGGAGAUGUAAAGAAUCAACCAUAAGAGGACACAGAAAAAAUCUGAGCCCCAGAUGGGAUUCGAACCCACGACCCUCCGUGCCUGUGAUGGACUGUGUGACUGCGAGGUGCGGUACGCAGGUCCAACCCACAAAAAUGACCCUUGCUCGCCAACGAGUUCUCAGUAGCUCAGAGGUUAGAGCAUCCGAUCUAGAACACGGAGGGUCGUGGAUUCUAAUCCCAUCUGGGGCUCAGAUUUUUUCUGUGUCCUCUUAUGGUUGAGAUCUUUACAUCUCCCUUUAUUUGAUUUGUAAUUCGCCAUAAUUAUUUUAAUAGUGUAUAACAUAUCUUUUGAAAAUAAGAUUCUGAAAAGGCCCAGUAGGGAGGCACCCAACAACUCCAUGUGUUCGUCAGAAUUGUCUCAGAAGGUUUUCUAUGAUUUAGAAGCCUCUUUAGUUAAUUUGGAGCUGCCCUAAAAACUAUUUGUCUGUUCGCGUUUCCAGUAGGGGAUCGAACUUAUUUUCAUUGAUAAUUUAAUUCCAGGCUGGUACUUUCAUAGCCUUUGCCAUGGCAUCAACUGUACUUGGUGCUGUGGUCUUCAGUUUCUAUAUGAUUCUUUCUCUAUUGGCGCCGCCGGAGGCCAUUUGUACUGGCGUCCUGGUACUUGGCAUGUUUGAGUUUGUUAUUGGAAUUGCGGGUUCAAUGUCUGGAUGCUUAAUAUGUGAUUGCUGUGCUCAUUCGUCUGGUCAGGUAGGUAACAAUGAAACAAAACUAACUUUUGUAGCAUUAUUGUCUCAGAAUAUUUUUAUUUUGUAUUGUUUCAGCAGCCUGGUUUGAAUAGAUCAGUUGUUGAGUGCUAGUCUGUUGAGCGACUGGAGGUUGUAAGCUUUUUGGAGGGCAUCAAAUACAGUCCAUUUUUAUUUAGUGUUUUGUUUUUCAAGCAGUGUCAUUAAGAAAUUUUUCAAGAGUCAUCUUGAUUUCACAUCCAAUAGAAAGUGAAGUACUGUCAAAUCUCGAAGUUAAAUAUAGGUGUAGAAAAAAACUGGUACGAUUUUUUUCUUGGUAAUUUUAUAUACGCCUAUUUUGUUUGUUGUUAGGAACAAACAUUAUUACCCGGGUACUAUAGGUAGUUUUUUUGGGGGGAAGCAUGUUGUGGAGAGGGAAGGUAGCUUCUGUCACAUGUUGUUUGCAAGUUCCGUACUAAGUCGAGUUUUGUUUUGUUUUUCUUCUUUGCAGACCAGUUCCGUUAUGUAUAUAACUGGUCAGGGUGUGGUCCUUGGAGAUAAUGCAAUAGGGCGGGGUCGUGGAGGUGGUGGAUGUGUCCCUGUGGCCUUUCCUGUGCUGCAAACUGGAGGUGUUGUUAACAUUCCUGGUGGUGACGCCCAGAUUGCUUCUAUGCCUCCCCAAGAUUCCCAGGAUCCUGAUCUCCUACUUGUCCCCUUGGAGAUGCCUGCUAUGCCUCCCCAAAGCGUUGUCCAGGAAACCGGCCAGCCUCCACCCUAUCAUGGUGACACCCAACCUGGUUCCCAGGAUCCUGAUCUCCUACUCGUCCCUUUGGAGGUGACUCCGAUGCCUCCUCAAAGUGUUGUCCAGGAAACCGGCCCGCCUCCACCUUAUCACCAGAUUUCCACAUGUGCAACUGGAGGUCCAUCAUCGGGAGCUGAGGGAGAGCCACCUCCUCCUUAUACAGAAGACGAACAAGUAAGUGUAAAGUAUAAAUUGCGUUAUGUUCUUGUUUACAGCCAAAUUCGUUUUAUCGCGCUGCGCGUUUUGCAAACUUCGAAGAAAUUUUGGGUUUUUCUGUUCCGUCAAUCAUCUUAGCGGACCUCUUAGGAAACACAUGUUUACUUGUGAUUGAUGCAUUUCGGUCCACUUUGUUUGUUUCGGUGUUUCAAGGUUCGUUGCUUGUGAUCGCCCUGUUUCGGUCAAUAGUCGACUAGUUUUCUUCGAAGAUUAAUCUGAUCUUUCUUAUUCUUGUCUCUUGCAAGAAUAAAGCGAUGCCUGCCUCCUGCCCUCGACAAAAAUUCCACUCAUUAUCGCGAUUUCCUUCGCUAUUCUUGAGCAGUCUAGAGUCAUGCUGAGUUUUGUUUUUGCGGGCCAAGCUGGGCGAGCGCGUGGCAUUGUGAUUUGCAUUAACCCCGCCCCCAGUCAAAUGAUUGACGGAACAGAAAAACCCAUUAGAAGUUUGCAAACGCGCAGCGCGAUACAACAAAUUUGGCUGUAAUACAAGGAGUUUAUUAGGGAGCUUACAGUAAGUGAUCGAUUAAGCGCCGCUCCUUUACCGAAAAUAAUGUGAUAAGCGCCGCGGCGCUUAAUUCGUCUUGAGUUAUUUUUAGAAUCGGGAUAAAGUUACCUCGCGCGCUGCGUGGAUGUUUCGUGGAGGUUUCACAUGACUAAACGCCGUGCAAAACAUGUCGGGCGAAAGGCAAUGAAAGCGUGAAGACAUCGAGAGCAUUUCUGAAUAUUGAAGCGAAAUGAGUCGGCGCUCACCUGGGAAAAGGGAAUCGCUGGACUCUUUGACAACCCGUGAAAUCAGUUUAACUCGAAGUUGUCGUAACCUCAGUGCUUUAAUAAAAUGAGAAAUUUCGCCGGUCUAUUGAAAUCGGUUGUUUGUAUAAUAAAGCAAGUAGGACGCCAAGUGUUAUUUUCGUUGAAUAAUAAAAGACUAAUAAAAGAACAAAUAUCAAACCAGAAAUUGCUCUCUUCAAACUGUAAAUUAUAAAUGAUCCUUAGAGAAUAUUCAGUGUGUUAAUGAUUUCCCUGCUGUACUGUUAGCUCUAUACAAGAGAGGAAGGGCGAUUCUUUUUUAAUUUCCAUUUCGCUGACACCGCUUUAGCAGAAAUCUCUCUUUAGUCGUUUUCGUCAACAAAACGAAUAGCAAUAUCGCUGUCCGAGUAUUCCGCCAUUUUUUCUGCUUCAGUUCGUGAAGAACGCGUGGCUCUGAGCGUGGGUCAUCCACGCGGAAUUCAUUCUCGCUAUGUGAUUGGCUGUUGUCUAAUCCCCCUUGGGAUCUGUGUGUCUUAAAAAAUAACUCGAGACGAAUUACCUAUGGAAUAGGGUGUGUAUGGGGGAUGCCUUCUCUGUCCCCUUUAUCCUCUCUUGCUACCGGUCACACUUUCGUGGGCCAGUGCACAGCGAUUUUGCGGUGUCUCGACUCAUUAUAUCAAACGUUACAAACAACUCAACUUUUAGGCUAUCAAGUUUUCAAAACCUCAAAUCAAUUACAAUCCGUUUAAAUCUACGUUUGUCCAUCCUUAGACUGCAAAGCAGUCCGUAUUUUUGCGUAUUCAAGUGCGCGCGAGUAGUUAAACAAAAGGUCUGGAACGAGGUUGAAAACAGAGAGCGAGACUGGGGAGAGACGCUAAAAAUACGCCUCUCUCGCGGGCGUUUGAGGCUCGCGUGCUUCGCGCGCGUAAGACUCUUACGCCACGCUUUACUAAUUUCUUUACUCAUUUUGAGAAAAAAACCCGACUGUUUUGCAGUCUAGUCCAUCCGUUCCUUCUUUUGUUUUUGCUGUGUUAUUUAUACCUAAUUAUAUAAACACCAAUGAAAUACCAGGUGAGCUUUCGCGCGAAAACAUGUUAUUUUCACACGUGAAAAUAUCACCGUUGCUAUGGCUACAUAAUGAAUCGCGCCUUUCGCAGGAAAAAACUGUUUCAUUGAAAUGGUUUGGUAUUUCAUUGGUGUUUAUAUAAUAAAUAGAACCUUAAAUGGCCGCUUGGAGAUAAGAAAUUUCUCUUCUCGUGUUGAAAAUAUUUCACUCGUUCGCUGCGCUCACUCGUGAAAUAUUUUUCAACACGAGAAGAGAAAUUUCGUUUCGGCCAUGUAAUAUCCUCUAUUUCUUUUAACGUUUUGAGAGGUUAUUGGUAUGUUUCACUCAGUACCCACUGUUUGAAUUUUGACAAUUUCCGUGACACAGCUCCGCCAAUUCUUACUUCGUCAAACUCUUCUUGUUCGGCAGUUACUACCAAGUCUUACUUGAGUUCUCAUUUUUUUUAUUCUAGUAUUCUGUUUUGACCUACCUGUAAAGUUGGAACCUCCAGUUUAACUGGUGUUAAGUUUACGCUUGCGAAUCGUCUCAGUGCUAAUGCUUUGACCUGAUGCGCCAGAAAGAUGGGAGAGUGAUAAAAAAGUGGUGUCAAUGCUAGCAUUAGUGUUUGAUGGCAGCUACUUGGAAAGCCUCUUGCUUGGAGGUGGACGUCGCCGAGGAUCUCUGGCGACUUGAAUGUUAAGAGAAUCGACACAAUUUGUAGAGAAUAUGGCAAAAAAAUUCACAUGUAGGGUUAUUUCAGAAGAUUAUUGCCGAUAAAACCUUUUGGUUCUGAUUUGAUCUCUUUUGCCCUCCCUCUAAUCUGACCGUUUUCCACGACGUACCUUUCAAGGAGACGGAAAUGGAACGUUACCGAUAGACGAAGACAAACGACUUGACUACUCUUUAAUGAAGCGUCCAAGUAGCGUUUGGAAAUAAGACCUUAUCAGUUCAAGGGAGGGCGCUUAUUACGAAGAAUACCCUUAGUAGAAUGAACUAGACAGUUCCAACCUGCAAAAUGUCAGUGUAUAACUGAAUAAAAUUUCCAUGUCGUUUUUUUUGGUUUUAAGAGCCUGGGUAACGUUCUCACAAGUGAGACAUGGCCGGCAUUUGCGCAAGACACUGACUUUUGCUUGCUGGCAAUAAAGCCCUAGGGGGACUCCCAUUUAGAAGUGACGGGGAUGCUCGUCUUCUCGUGUAAGGGUUCUUUAGGUUUUUUGGGACGAAAAGGUACUAUAUUUAUCCAUUCAUGAGUCGGCUGUGCACAAAGGAAUUUACCAAAAAUGCUAUGAUGUAUGUUUUUAGAGGUCAGUUUUAAGCUUAAGCCCACCUUUAUUGGUCCGAGGCUCCAUUAAGGGUUCAACUUUAAUUUUCUGACCAGCAUCCCCGUCACUUUUAUAUGGGGUUCCCCCUGAAUAGUAAUGGGGAACUUAGUGAGGCCUUCUCCUUUUUUAUAUCCCUUGACGCUAACAAAUUUGUAUUCCUAACUUUCUUUUUUCUGAUAAUGAUGAUUUACUCGAAAGUUUCAACCAGGAGAGAGAGAAAGGAGCGCGUUGCUUGACGACAGAAAAAUGGCUCUGUAGCAUGCUAUUCCUGCGGCAGAUGUAUAAGUAGAGAAUUGGCGGCCUACGUUUUCUCGCUCAGUCGGAAAAAAAGAACAAAAAAAAGAAUAAAGUAGCUGCCUUCAAAGGUUUGAUUACCAGCCGCUGGUCGGGAAAUGAGCUCGUGCUCCUCCCCCGAACCAAGAGAGAAUGAGCUUGCCCGAACCGAGAGAGCGGCGGAAAUUGAGCCCACUGCCUUCACGACAGGAAAUUUGCGGCGGGCCCAACACGGCUUAAUUUAAGUGGCCAGUUUCGCGAGUUACGUAUUUCUAUAUAUAGUUAAGAAUUAAACAGAACAAUGGAACAAAGAGGCUUGCGACGUGACCCAUUUCCCCCUAUUUUUAGGCGUAAAUAAGAAUACCAGGCAAGGAUACUUUCUUCGUUCCAAAUAAGUUUACCGGAAUUUUUAUCUAAAAUGACCCAUCCCUCCCCUCAAAAUCAAAAGAUCGGGCCUUAUUGUAGUCCUUCCGCCAUUUUGUCUUUUUACUGCGUAGAGGCUAAGCCCAUUUUGAGAUUAGGCAUUGUUACAGGCAGCCCAAUAAUAAAUAAAUAAAUUAAUUAAUUAAAAGGAAGGAAAGAAAGAAAGAACAGGAGUCUAAACGAUAGAUGGCCACUAGUUGUUUUUCUUAUUAUUUAUUUGUCGGCAACAAAACGCCAGCUUCAAACGAAGCCGUUAAAACGCCACAGAAACAAAAAAGGCCACACCAUAAAAUUGAAGGCUGAAGCCGAAGUUAUAGUAAAUAAAUAAAUAAUAAAAGCAUUUU